ACAAGUCAGAAGACGAGAAGAUCCGGAAAUAAAGACUUUGGUUAAAGCGAUAUUUUGAUAGCAUUAAAAGACAGACGUGCUUUACACGCUGAGCUACAGCACCACCAUCAUGAUCUCAGAAUGGGUCUUAUAUGUGAUGUUUUACCUGCUCGCUGCUGUUUUCUCUGCAUUUCUUGCAUAUUGUCUGUAUGUUCAUCAUGUUCACCAGAAAUAUGAUCAUAUACCUGGACCUCCAAGAGACAGUUUUCUGCUGGGGCAUACACCUACUUUUUCCAGAGCGGCGAAAUCGGAUAACCUUAUACAGGAUUUAUUUCUUGAGUGGGCAGAAAAAUAUGGCCCUGUCUACAGGCUGUACAGUUUUCAUUAUGUUGUGAUCAAUGUCCAUUGCCCCGAGGCUACAAAGACAAUGCUGAUGUCACCUAAGUAUCUCAAAGAUCCCUUUGUCUACAAACGCCUCUUUAACUUGUUUGGAAAACGGUUCCUUGGAACCGGGUUAGUGACGGCUAUGGACCAUGACGUCUGGUACAGGCAGCGUCGCAUCAUGGAUCCGGCUUUUAGCGGCACAUACUUACGAAGCUUGAUGGGCACUUUUAACGAGAUGUCUGAGCGCCUAAUGGACCAUCUGGAGGAAAUAGCCGACACAAAAACACCUGCCAUCAUGCAUGACCUGGUCAACUGUGUCACACUCGACGUCAUUUGCAAGGCGGCGUUUGGUGUUGAUUUAAAUUUGUUCAAGCAAACUGACAGCCCCUUCCAGAAUGCAGUAGAGCUGUGUUUAAAGGGCAUGGUGUUCUAUCUCAGAGACCCAUUUUUUACACUUUUUCCAAAGAAUUGGAAGUCCGUGCAGCAAAUUAAGGAUGCAGUUGAACUCCUGCGUAAAACGGGAGAGAAAUGGAUACAAAAAAGGAAGACAGCAAUAGAAAAUGGAGAAGACGUCCCCAAAGACAUUCUCACACAAAUCCUCAAAACAGCAGAGGAGGAAAACAUUAAUGACACAAAAGAUCAUGAGCAGAUGUUGGACAAUUUUGUGACUUUCUUCAUUGCUGGGCAAGAGACAACAGCCAAUCAGCUCUCAUUUGCAAUCAUGGAAUUAGGGAGACAUCCUGAGAUAUAUAAAAGGGCUAAAGCAGAGGUGGAUGAAAUCCUUGGGACGAAAAUAGACAUUUCAUAUGAAGAUCUUGGAAAAUUCACCUAUUUGUCUCAGGUGCUGAAGGAAACGCUGCGUCUGUAUCCAACUGCUCCAGGAACCAGUCGUUGGCUACAUGAGGACAUGGUUGUAAACGGGCUGAAAAUCCCAGGGGGCUGUGCUGUUAUUUUCAGUUCUUAUGUUUCCCAAAGACUGGAAAAGUUUUUUAAAGACCCAUUGAAGUUUGAUCCAGAGAGGUUUAAUGUGAAUGCUCCAAAGCCUUACUACAGCUACUAUCCAUUUGCACUUGGUCCACGAAUCUGUCUGGGGCAGGUCUUCUCACAGAUGGAGGCAAAAGUUGUGCUUGCCAAACUGCUUCAGAGAUUUGAGUUCAGUCUGGUUCCUGGACAGUCUUUCGAUAUUAAAGACACGGGAACUCUGCGGCCCAAGAGCGGAGUGAUCUGCCACAUUAAACACUGCUCAUAGGACAUGUUUAAGGCCCUUGUUUUGUGGCAACUCUUGUGUACUUAUGCCUGUAUUCAUCAUCUUGUAUAAUUCAAACAUUAACCACUACAAGGGUCUCAUCAACUCUCAAGAGUUUUAUAGCUGCCCUAAACCAAAAUAAGUCUAAAUUUAUAUGCUGUGACUGAUAAAUACUACUUCUAUUUUUUAACCAUUUGCAAUCAACUUUGACACUAGACCAUUUUAAUAGUAAUUAAAGUAAUUAACCUCUUAACUGUCACCGUCCACCCUGUGGGACGCCUACGUUUACUUCACUAUUUUACAAUUAAAUCCUAAUCUAAUCAUGACAAACUAUAUAUCGUUGGAAAGGUCUAAGACUCCUAAAUAGGUAUUUUACCACUUUUUUUGUAAAAAAAAUUAUGUAGGAAAAGUAAUAGAUUAAUUAAUGACAAGAGUGCACCUGAAAAAUCUACAUCAUAACAGGAGUUCUGACCUUUGUCACAGAAAGUCUUCUUUUUUGCCUUUUUCUCUAUCACACUUUAGAAAUCAUAAGAAAUUAUAUAUCAGUUGAAAACUUAAAAUCUCAAAAUUCAUCCUUUGAAACCCAUUUUCAAAUCAGACAUUGCAUUACCAUGGAAAUGGUACAUCAAAAUCACGUUGGAAAAUGUUUUCAUUCAUGAAUUAUAAAAAUAAGUUUGGAUAGUGCACUAUCAUGUCUGUGUUCAAAACUGUGAGUGACAGUUAAGGGGUUAAAGGUCUUAUAUAGUGACAUGUAAGCCUUUGUUCCAUGACUUUCACCUGUGCAUUUUGAAGGUUGCAUCCUUCACAUCCUUAAAUCACCUACAAUCCUUUGCACAUAUUCCAGUUGACAUUUAAAAUGUUGGGAAACAGUUGAACACUGAGCUCAUCUAAGAAAUUAUGAAAUGUAAGAAAUAAUUAAAAUAAAAGUUUUCAAUUUCA